GUCGCCUUUUGCACCACGCGCUGUCGGUUGAGGAGAGACGGAACCGGCGGGGAGAGGCGACGUCAUACAGACAGCUAACGUUCGAAACAUUCGACCGAGAGAGAGAAAGAGGAGACGGCGGAGACUGAUUAGGUACUGAAGUGAUUAGUGAGCUGGGAAGAUGGCGGACGAUCCGAGUGCAGCCGACAGAAACGUGGAAAUCUGGAAAAUUAAGAAGCUCAUUAAGAGUUUAGAGGCUGCUCGAGGUAAUGGGACCAGUAUGAUUUCGCUGAUCAUCCCUCCGAAAGACCAGAUCUCCAGAGUGGCCAAGAUGCUGGCUGACGAGUUUGGCACAGCUUCCAACAUCAAGAGUCGAGUUAACAGACUGUCUGUGCUGGGAGCCAUCACCUCUGUACAGCAGAGACUCAAACUCUACAACAAAGUGCCCCCAAAUGGUCUGGUAGUCUACUGUGGUACCAUCGUGACUGAAGAAGGCAAAGAGAAGAAAGUCAAUAUUGACUUUGAGCCUUUCAAACCCAUCAAUACCUCGCUUUAUCUCUGUGACAACAAAUUUCACACUGAGGCUCUGACAGCAUUGUUGUCUGACGACAGCAAGUUUGGCUUCAUCGUGAUUGAUGGUAGUGGUGCACUAUUCGGGACCUUACAGGGCAACACUAGAGAAGUGCUGCACAAAUUCACAGUGGACCUACCCAAAAAACACGGUCGUGGAGGACAGUCUGCGCUGCGUUUUGCACGAUUGAGAAUGGAGAAGAGACAUAACUACGUGCGUAAAGUGGCCGAGACGGCGGUGCAGCUCUUCGUUUCCAACGAUAAAGUCAACGUAGCCGGCUUGGUGCUGGCUGGUUCAGCAGAUUUCAAGACCGAACUCAGCCAGUCGGACAUGUUCGACCCGAGGUUACAGGCAAAGGUGCUGAAGCUGGUGGACAUCUCUUACGGAGGAGAGAACGGUUUCAACCAGGCCAUUGAGCUAUCGGCCGAGGUCCUCUCCAACGUCAAAUUCAUCCAGGAGAAGAAACUAAUAGGUCGCUAUUUUGAUGAGAUCAGCCAGGACACGGGGAAGUACUGUUUUGGUGUGGAGGACACGCUGAAGGCCUUGGAGAUGGGCGCAGUGGAGAUCCUCAUCGUUUACGAGAACCUGGACACCAUGAGAUACAUCCUACGAGUACAUGGGACAGAGGGCAACGGAGCAGAGAACGAUGAGAAGACCAUUUAUUUGACACCUGAGCAAGAGAAGGACAAGUCCCACUUCACAGACAAGGAGACGGGGCAGGAGCACGAGCUGAUCGAGUGUAUGCCACUGCUGGAGUGGUUUGCUAAUAACUACAAGAAGUUUGGAGCCACGCUGGAGAUCGUCACAGACAAAAGUCAAGAGGGUUCGCAGUUCGUGAAGGGAUUCGGAGGAAUUGGAGGUAUCUUGCGGUACAGAGUGGAUUUCCAGGGGAUGGAAUACCAGGGAGAAGACGACGAGUUUUUCGAUUUGGAUGACUACUAGGUAGUCUGAGACUGAAAUGAGAAGCGAAAUGAAAAAGUAUGAUAUGGAGUUCCAAAAAAAAAAACAAAAAAAAAUUUCCGGAAAGAAAUGUCUUUCUUUUGCAGCAAGCGAGUGUGUGGACCCUAAUUAACCACAAACACACACAAAAAACACACACGGGCAGUUUCAGAAGCCGAAGAGGAAUUAACUGUCUGUCAGUCAAAUGAAGGACAGCGCCCUUCACGAAUAACAAAUCUGCUCCUGCCUUAGAGCGCUCUGAUUGGAUAAGACUUUGCCUCAUUUUGUUGAUUCUUUCCCUUUUGAAGUCGAGAAGUGACAGCACGCGCCCCUGAUGUAACUCUACUCAGUCUGACAAAGAACCAUCUCUGGACUCACUUCUCUAAUAAAGAAAUAUAUAUAUAUUUUUUUUCUUUAUAUUCAUCUCCCUCCCCUUGUAUUGUCCUCCCCGAUAAUUUUUUUUUUUUUUUAAACUGGCAAUUGCUGCUGUUUUAUGACAGUGUGGGGAUUUUUUUUUUUUUACCUGGAUUUCUGUAGCGAAAUGAUGGGGGGGGGGGGGAGGGGGGCAAAAGUAUUAAAUUUGAAUUGCUUAAAAUCCAAUAUGCAUACAUGUGACUUGGUUUUUUGUUUUGUUUUUUGUUUUUCCUGGAAAGAGAAGGAUUAUGGUAUUGGUUAUCUACAUAUAUAAAAUACUUUGUCAAUCUUUGUAAGGCUUUUACAGUGAUUUUUUUUUUUUUGUUGGUUGGUUGGUUGGUUGGGCUUUUUUUUUUUUUUUUCUCUCUCUGUUAAGAUUGUUUGCUUUGCAAGUCAAGUCACAUCGAAAGUCAGAUUUGCCCUGAAAUCACUCAACAAGACGAAGAGCCUGAAAAUGGGAUUCGAAGACUUUAAUGAAUAAAAGAUCAGGGUUCGUUUUGGUUUCGGAUCAGAUCGUGUAUUACCGUGGAGUUGUACUUGGCCAAAGCGAAUCUUGCCAACGACCAAUAUUACAUACAGGACUUUUCUUGUCCAUACUUGAUCAAACAGAAUGCCUCUGAAGCAAUUUGUGGUGUUCAGUAGGGUUUUCUGUAACAUGUACAGGUCCUCAAUCAUAAGCAAGGUUUUUUUAAGACAUCCUUUGGCAAGGUCAGCCCAUCAAAAAGCUGUACUGUACAGUUGUAUUGCGCGAGACGCACAAUGUCCCGAGCUCUCCACCUAUAAUCAUUGUCCUUCAAGAUAGUUUGGUAUUUGUCAUGAUAGUGCGCUAUUUCAGUACACACUAAAUCAGGAUCCUUUUUCUAAGAAUCUGUCGUUUUCUUUUCCACACGUUAUUUUUCACCGUAUUUAGUAACUCAUGUCUGACCUUAAGCUGCUCCUGAAUGAAAAAUGAAGCGCACUACAUUUCCA